CUGGCGCUCUUUGCAAAGUGUUCGUCCAAUUCGCACUGACACGCCCCUUGGCCAUCAAAUUCUCUCUUUCUCCAUAUCUAGAUUUCCGUCAGUCUACUGGCAGUCGGAGAUUUAGCCAAAAACUCUCAUGCCCUAGAAUUUCGUCAUGGAUGGCGAUGCGAUGACAGAAGAACAGAGGCAGAGAGCCGAAUCGAACCGCCUCGCUGCUCUAGCCAAGCGCAAGACACUGGAAGGAGCUACCACCACCAGACCCACCACUACCGCCGCCUCGAACUCGAAUCAAGACGUAUGGAAGCUAUUCAAAUGCAAGAAAGUUAAUUUACAGCAGUGUGUAACUUCCUCAAGAACCAACGAUGCCUCCUCCUGUAAUGACCAAUUUCAGAAACCACCACAAGUCCCUGUUCCUGUUGAUAAAUUUAAAGCUAGGCUCGAAAUAUGCUCUCCUGAUUCGUUCUCAAUAACGCCUGCCCCCUUGAAGGGCAUCUCCUAUCCGGGUGAAGCUGUAUGCCUUGAGAGACUGAGGGAAUGCCUAGCAAAUGUUUUGCUGUCUCACUACACACAACUCCAUGGUGGUGGCAAGGCUUGUGUUUACAAACUUGUGGAAUAUGACGCAGUUUUGAGAUGUUUGAAGAGUUUUAAGGGAAUUGAGAUUGAAGAGAUACCCUGGGGAACAUUUAAUGUUGUUGAAAGACUAUCUCAUACUUUUGUUGAUGGCGGUUGGAUUCCAAGUAGGCCAGAACAUUUUUGCGACGAGAAGGUUGACGAAUUGCUUAAGAAUCUUCCACGGAAACUGCUUGAUUCUCUUCUUCCUUUUCAACUUGAAGGACUUAGAUUUGGGUUACGUAGAGGAGCUCGUUGUCUUAUUGCAGAUGAAAUGGGCCUAGGGAAAACACUGCAGGCAAUUGCAAUUGCUGCAUGUUUCAUGAAUGAAGGCCCUGUAUUGGUUGUCUGCCCAGCUAUUUUGCGAUUAUCAUGGGCAGAGGAAUUGGAGCGAUGGCUUCCCUUCUGUUCGCCUUCAGACAUCCAUCUUGUUUUUGGCCGUCAAAAUGAUCCUACGCGCUUGGAAAGAUGCCCCAGAGUUGUGGUUAUUUCAUACACAAUGCUUCAUCAUUUGUUGAGCAAUAUCUUAAAGUUACAGUGGGCAUUCUUGAUAGUAGAUGAAUCACAUUAUGUACGAAGCUCAAAGAAGUUGAGAGAAACACACGAGGUAAAAGCUGUACUUGAUGUGUCCGCAAGGAUCAAUCGAAUAGUUCUGUUGUCCGGGACCCCUUCUCUGUCAAGGCCAUAUGACAUUUUUCAACAGAUAAACAUGUUGUGGCCAGGUUUGCUGGGAAAGGACAAAUAUGAAUUUGCAAAAACUUAUUGUUCUGCCAAACUUGUUCAACGUGGCAAGGGGAAAAUGUUUAAGGAUUUUUCUAACGGUGUUCGAUUGGAGGAGUUAAAUGUCUUGCUAAAGCAAACUGUUAUGAUAAGACGCUUGAAGCAGCAUGUACUGAUGCAAUUGCCACCAAAGCGUCGACAGCUCAUAAAUUUGAAAUUGAAAAAUUCAGAUAUUGUUUCGGCAAUAGAGAUGGUAAAGAAUGAUAAAUCUUCUACAGAUGCUGCAGAAGGCAUUCCAUCUGAGGUUUCUGAGGAUGUUGAUGAUGGUGGUGGGUGUUGUGAGUAUUUGAAAACACUCUCCAAGCAGGUGAUUGGAAUUGCCAAACUGUCAGGAUUUCGUGACUGGCUUUGCAUGCAUCCAACUUUUGCUGGUUCAGAUGACGCUGAUAUGGAAACUAACCAUUCAUGUCAAAAGAUGAUAAUAUUUGGUCAUCAUCACAAAGUUCUUGAUGGUGUACAGGAGUUAGUAUGUGAAAAGGGGAUUGGAUUCAUCCGAAUUGAUGGAACUACUCUUCCCAGAGAUCGACAAUCAGCUGUGCAUUUGUUUCAAUCAUCAAGAGAGGUAAAGAUUGCUAUCAUUGGGAUCAUGGCUGCUAGUUUUGGAAUUGAUCUAUCCUCAGCAGAAAAUGUUGUGUUCCUAGAGUUGCCUUUGAGCCCAUCUAUCAUGCUUCAGGCUGAAGAUAGAGCUCAUAGGCGAGGGCAAACCAAGGCAGUUAACAUAUAUAUCUUCUGUGCCAAUGACACUUCUGAUCUGGCAUGUUGGCGAAGCCUUAACAAGAGCUUGAAUCGUGUUUCGUCCACCGUGGAUGGAAAGUAUAGUUCUGUAAGAGGAAUUGAGGUUGACAGAGUUACGAGUAUAGGGAUAUCAGGUGAAACAGAUGGAAAUUCAAGAAAUCCGAAUUUUAAAGAAUCAAGAUCUAUUGGAACAUCCGGAAUUGAAUCAAUGGUGUCUUCUAAAUCGAUCUCUGACUUUAAUUUAUGCACAGACCUUGACAAAACAAUUAAUGAAGGAUCUGAAGUAGAAAAUACAACUGAAGGACAAAAUGUGAAGGACUGCAGUUCAUCUCAUGAUGACUUGUUUCAUAAUGAGGGGAAACAGGCUAUCAUGAUUUCCAAUCACAAUGGAACACUAAAAUCAGUUCAAACUGAAGAAGGGAAUGAAUCCAUUGAGAAGGAUCUCAAGGACAGUGGUAACUCACUAAAGGCUGAAAAUUUAAGACACGAUGAAUGUUGUGCAGUGAUGGAUGUUGAUUCUAACAUUCGUAUCCCAACUGAAUCUCUACGUUUUGAGGUGAGCCAGUAUACUAGAAGGAUCCACAUAUACACGUGCCAUAGAGGAACUGAUUCAAGGCCAAAACCUUUGUUUGAAAGUUUUUGUCCAGAGGAUCUUGAGGUCCCACCUCCUCCUGCUAGCAAUAAUAAGGAGAAAGCCAUCUACAAAUGCAUCAAGGAUAACCCAGCUUAUAGGUCUAUUCUUUCGGCAUUUGUCAAAGAGUGGAAUAAUCUCACACCCAUUCAACGAAACAAACUUCUUGCUAAGCCUCUACAGCUUCCUUUGUCCUUUGAGUUGUACUACUUGAAGGAACACCAAAAUCAUAAUAGUGAGGGACUUCUGAAAGUAGGAAGCAAUAGGCGUACAACACCUUUGGACGAGAUAAACUCUGGAUUGCCAUUAAAUGCUGUCUGGAAAAAGGUCCAUCUGCGCAGUGGUCACGGUAAGAGAGAAAAAGAAUACAAUCAGGGUUGGAGUGUCAUGGAUGAGCCACUAUGCAAAUUUUGUCAAUCACCUUGCCAGAGUGAACAUGCCAAGACACCCGAGUAUUUUGAGGAUCUCUUCUGUAAGUUGGCUUGCCACGAAGAAUAUCGUAUGCGAACAAGCAACAACUUUCUUAGACGGGAGCUUUUUCAAAUUGAGAAAGGUGUUUGCACAUUUUGCCAGCUGAACUGCCACAAACUUGUGAAAGACAUAAGACCCUUGUCACUUGAAAACCGGCUGAAGUACAUAAUGAAGGUUGCGCCAAAAUUGUCCGAGCAUAAGAAAUUGCUUGACAAGCUUGUUCAUCAUCCAACUGAAGGCAAUGCAUGGCAUGCAGAUCACACGAUAGCUGUCUACCUUGGAGGAGGUGAAUGUAAUCUAGAGAAUAUGAGGACACUUUGUGUAGCUUGCCAUGCUGAGGUCACAUCCGCUCAAUGUGCUGAUCGACGCACAAGAAAGGCCUUGGCCAAGAAACAAAUUAAAGCUGUCAUGGAUAACCUCAAAAAGGGAGACGGAAAACGAACAGAUUCUAUUUCUGAGAGGCAAGAAAAAACCAUAGAUGAUCAUCUCCUAGUUAUGGUUCCUGGGAGCGCAUAUUCCAUUACGACGAAGAAUGAUGAUGCCACUAUUCCAUUACGAAAAAUGAUGGCACCUGAAAUGUUUGCAUAUUUUCCUGCUCCUCCGAACAAAGAAGAUAAAAGCGGGGAUGAAGAUGCGGUAUCACUCCAUUAAUUGGUAGUUCCAUUGAUUUUUUAUGCCAUUGACAUUCUUUUUACAGUAUCUAAUUAUUUUUCAUUUGAUUGAUAUAUCGAAAUAGUUUGGAUGUAUCCAUUUCCUUAACAACUGGAUCUGGUAUUUGAGAGUCAAGAUAUGUGUUCUUUGUAAUGAGAAUGUACUGACCAUAUUUGUUAUUACA